CUAACGUCAAACAGGAAGAAGAGUAAAAGAGUAACGAAGGUGUUGAAGAGGGAAGACGAGUGGAUUGGGGUUAUAAACUUAUAACUCAUCACCUUGCCGUGCUGUCAGCAUUAAUGGGUCUUCUCUGUUUUCUUUUGCAGUUAACGUGAUUGUGAUUCACUAUUCACUAAACUUUUCUAACCCCUUCAACCCUUUUAGGUUUAGGACUACAAAAGCAAAAAUAUAAAAUUAUAUUCAUUUUUCUCUUUCUAUCUUUCUCUCUCUCUCUAUCUUUCACAGCAUAGAGGGGAAAAAGAAAGUGGGUAUAGAUCCAUAAUGUCUAUAUAUGUUUUCUGAGAGAGAAAGGUUUGUUCUUUCAUGAAGAUUGCUUGAAUUUGCUUGAUGCCCAUCUCAGUCUAACUCUUUUUUUCUAAGUUGCAGAUUUGUGUUGUUUGAACUGUUGAAUCUGAUGAUAAGUUGGUUAGUUUGAGGAUAUUGGUUUUGGGUUUUGUGGAUUAGUUCAGAUUUGAUUGUUAGUUGAGUUUUGGGGGUUUUGUAAAAUCUUGAAUUUCUUGGAAAUCUAUAGUUGGGUGGAACGGAUACAUAGUUUUGGAUCUUAGAGGGUAUUAAUCUAUCUAGUGAUUGCUGUUAGGGUAUGGAGGAAUUGAUGAUUUAGGUUAUUAGUGAGCAUAAGAAGAGAGGAUAGAAGUGUGAAGUGAGAAUCAAUGGAAGAUUUGUCUAAAUAUGCUCAUAGCCCUGCUCAUUUAGCUGUUCUUCGUCGAGAUUACGCGGGUCUAAAGCGUAUUAUUGCAUCCCUUCCUAAACUAGCUAAGGCUGGAGAAGUCACUACUGAGGCUGAAUCUCUUGCUGCUGAGAUUCAGGCUGAUGAGUUUUCAACUACCAUUGAUCGACGUGAUGUCCCAGGGAGGGAGACUCCGUUGCAUCUUGCUGUUCGUUUGAGGGAUCCGAUUUCUGCAGAAAUUUUGAUGGCUGCUGGUGCGGAUUGGAGUUUGCAGAAUGAUAAUGGAUGGAAUGCUCUUCAGGAAGCUGUUUGUACUAGAGAGGAGCAGAUUGCUAUGAUAAUUGCUAAGCAUUAUCAGCCUCUUGCUUGGGCUAAAUGGUGUCGUAGGCUUCCGAGAAUUGUUGCUUCGGCAUCUAGGAUUCGUGAUUUUUACAUGGAAAUAUCUUUCAAUUUUGAGAGUUCUGUUAUUCCUUUUAUUGGACGAAUCGCUCCAUCAGAUACUUACCGCAUUUGGAAACGUGGGUCUAACCUUCGUGCUGACAUGACUCUUGCGGGGUUUGAUGGGUUUCGCAUUCAACGGUCUGACCAAACAUUUUUAUUUCUUGGAGAUGGGUAUUCUUCAGAAGAUGGUAAGGUGUCGUUACCGACAGGCUCGUUAAUUGUUCUUGCUCACAAAGAGAAAGAAAUCACAAAUGCGUUGGAAGGGGCGGGUGCUCAGCCCACAGAAUCAGAAGUUGCCCAUGAGGUAGCUUUGAUGUCUCAAACUAACACAUACAGACCAGGCAUUGAUGUCACACAGGCCGAGCUUGUACCUCAUUUGAAUUGGAGACGACAGGAGAGAACCGAAAUGAUUGGAAACUGGAAGGCUAAAGUGUAUGACAUGCUUCAUGUUAUGGUGAGUGUGAAAUCUAGAAGAGUUCCGGGUGCUAUGACUGAUGAGGAGCUCUUUGCUGUAGAUGAUGAAGAUAAGCUUGCUAAUGGGGUUGAGCAUGAUGAUUUUGACGAGAUAUUAACUGCUGAAGAACGAAAGCAGUUAGAUUCUGCUCUUCGUAUGGAAAAUUCAGAGGGGCUUGUUGAUGAUGAUGAUCACGGCGAUAAUGACUGCCAUGAAAGCCGACCGGGGGUGGCUUUUGAAAACGGGGAGUCAAAUAGUAAUACUAAUACUAAAGAGAAAAAAAGUUGGUUUGCUUGGAACAAAAAGAGCUCCAAAAAUUUAACCGAAGAUGCUGACGAUGGAAAGACAUUGAAGAAGUUCUCAAAGCUUGCUCCUGACGGGGCCAACCAAAAAUGCGCCGACUCUCAAAAAGAUGAUGUGGGUGAUGACAAGAAGGGAAAAGAUAAAAGCAGUAAAAAGAAAAAGAAGAAAGGGACUACCGGUGAGUCUAAGCAUGAGAGUGAAUAUAAGAAGGGUUUGAGACCUGUUUUGUGGUUGACACCAGAUUUUCCGUUGAAAACCGAAGAGCUUUUGCCGCUGCUAGAUAUAUUAGCGGAUAAGGUUAAGGCUGUUAGGAGACUUCGAGAGCUUUUAACUACUAAGCUACCUUUGGGGACAUUCCCUGUUAAGGUUGCCAUCCCACUUGUUCCAACUAUUAGAGUAGUCGUCACAUUCACUAAAUUCGAGGAGCUUCAGGCAGUAGAAGAGUUUUCGACACCUCUUUCAAGUCCAGCUCAUUUUCAAGACUCAAAGUCAAAAGACUCCGAGGGGUCCACCUCUUGGAUUUCAUGGAUGAAAGGAAGUCGUGGCGCACAAUCAAGUGACGGUGAAAGCCAAAGCCAAAGCCAUCGGUGUAGAGACGAUGUUGAUCCUUUUAGUAUACCAUUAGACUACACAUGGGUUGACGCCAAUGAGAAGAAACGUCGAAUGAAAGCUAGGAAGGCUAAAAGCAAGAAAAACCGCAAACCAACGGCACCAAAAAACGGAGAUAUUGGACUAAACUUGAGUGAGGAAGCGGAAUAACUUGUGCAACGAAAUCUCUAUAUCAAUUAGGACUCCUGGUCGAGGUGAAGGUAAAAAUCCCACCUAUCUGCCACCGAAACUUUUAUAGGUGAUGAAAUUUUCUCGUUUCGAGAGAACGAGAGAGGCUCAAGGGCAACAUUGUUGACUCAAAAAACGCUUCUCCAUUGUCGUGUUCUAUUAUGUGUUGUGAAUUCAUCAAGUUGAAGCUGCCAUGUUUCCCGAUAGCUUUGUUUUUUUGCCGUAGCCUUUUUCUUCGUAGACCCGUGUUAUGUAUCUAUUUAUUAUUCUUUAUCUCAUUCUCAAAUUGUAUGUUUGUUAUGUGCUUCUUUUUACUGUGUGUUCUUCAAUGAGUAUUUGUACUUACUUGAGGUGUAGUGUAGGGUUCUUGUCAAUGCACUGACAUGUAUCUUGUGGAAGGAGACUUGGCCGAUAUUUCUUGUCAUAAUUUUUAUCUGGAAGUUGUGAUCAGGAUAUAGCUUUCGUCAGCGAUAGUCGUUUGCGUUGCACUUUCGAUGAGUUUGUGUGGUCGAUCCUGCGACGUUUGAUGCGAGCUCGGUUCUCUGUAAAUCUUAUUAUUGAUUGUUAAUACUAUUGUUAGCCGAUUUUCGACCUGAUUGGAAAA